UAAAAGAGAGAAUUCAGUUGGAAAACUCACUCACCGUCGAGGACAUCAAGAAGAAAGAUUGAAAAGUUGCUCUCGUUCUAUUCAAGUUUUGACAAAAUGAAGACAAUACUGAUUCUCUGUGCCGUUGCCUUCAUGUCGGCCACUGGCUGGGAAAUCCAGUUUGAAGAGGGUGAUAAGGAGUACAAAGAACGCAUUGAGGUUGAUGUUGAGAAAAAUGUGGAAACAUUCGAUGUGCCAGAACAUAAUGGUCUUAAUCAUUCUGUGAUACUGAAUGAUUUCAACGUUGGUUUAUCAGCGAUUAAAAUUGCCGCAGUUGGGAAAUGCUACAUAUCGAAGAUUGACAAGGACGAGUAUCAAUCUCCCAAGGAAAUGGAAAAGAGUCUUCAACAGUUUGGAGGGCGAUUUCCCACUGACAAGUACGAGGUAAAAAAGGACAAGAUGGUGGAAGUUAGAGAAAUGGAAAAGGAAGAGGUUGGAGAAAAGAUUGCUGCUUUCUGUCAAGGGUACAAGAUGAUCCUCACAGAAGAGGAAGACGACGAAACGUUUCAAGCAAAAAUGAAAUCUCUAUUGGAAGCAGCUUCGUCGGGACGAAGCAAAAGACAGCUCAAUGAGCUAACAUUGAACAGAAACAUCUGUAAUGGAGGUUGGCAAGCAGCAAUUGCAACAUUUCUUCUAUGCCCGUACCCAGUUGACAUUGUGACAAGAUACCGGAAAACGCAUUGUAAUUAUGUUGUCAAAUGCAUAGGAAGUGGAUCAGUCUGGAAUUGCAAUGGGGAACACAUUAUUAAGGAGACGUCCUACUGUGUGGACAUCGUGUGUCGUUGAAACAGUGAGAACGCAAUACACUGUAACAGUAGUAUUUCACAGUAGUUUUAACCCUUAAACAUUAUAUUACUUUCUGAAUGCAUUAA